GCGUCACUUCCGCUUCCGGCCGAGCUCCCCCGGUAACUUCCGGAUCGCCGUUAGAGCGGAGUGACGCAGAGCUCGGCCGCAAUGAUCGAAGUCGUCUGUAACGACCGUCUGGGCAAAAAAGUGCGGGUCAAAUGCAACACCGAGGAUUCCAUCCGCGACCUGAAGAAACUGAUCGCGGCGCAGACCGGGACCCGUUGGGAUAAAAUCGUCCUCAAGAAAUGGUACACCAUCUUCAAGGAUCACGUCACGCUGGGCGACUGUAUCCUUCUCCGGGCGGGCUUUUUCUAUUUUUAACCUUUUCCUCCCCUUUCCCCCCCUCCCCCCUCCCCCC